UACACCAUGGCUGGAGGGGUGGGGAGGUGUAUUUUUAUUAUUGUCGAGAGAGUGGAGUGAGGUCAUGGUGCAUGUUUAUCUCAACUGAAAAGCAAGCACUGAGAACAGAUUUGAUCUUGAGCACAGAACAGCAUUAUUGUCUAAGGAACAGUGCUGCCUCCGGAAAGCUGAACUCGAAUGAGUCUCUGGCUUUUACGCCUCUUAAUCAUGCUAAGCCUUUCAGAUGAUGUCCCUGAAAAGCUCCAAUUCCUCCCUCUCUCUUUCCCCCUUCAGGUAAAAUUUUGAAAUGAUUUGACCUUCCGGUUCAGCGUUUGGGAGGAGACAGCCUCCUCUCUCCGCUUUUGAUCCCUUUGUGCACUUGCGAGAGGAUCCCUAAAGCCCCCUGGUUGUCGGUGGAGCGAGUUGUGAAGCUAAAGAGCCAGAGCAGCUGAGGCAGCGACAGCAGCAGCCUGGGAGCAGCAUCGCUGGCUCGCACACCGCCGCCGCGCGCACUGGCAGCCCGCAGCCCGACAGCCCGUCGGGGGCGCUUGUCCGCUCCAGCCUGCCCCGGACAGAGCCCCGCUGCCUGGGCAGACGACCAGCCUUUUGGUGGGGAGGGGGGGAGGGUGGGCUGUGCCGUGCGCAGGUAGGGGAGAUACACGAGCCGGAGAGAGAGAGAGAGAGAGAUAGAACGAGAGGAGAGCCGGGGCAGCAGGAGCGAGAGCGUCGCGCUGGGCUCGGCCCCGCCGCCGAUGCCGGGAGAGCCACGCGGAUAACGCUGCCUGGAGAAACCCGCGGAGAAGACAGGGACGGAGGGACGGCCAAAGUGGAGGGCAGACGGAUGAGGAGGGAUCGCCGGGAACGCUCCGGUCCUGGGUGUCUGGCUCAGUGACCCAGCCCCAGAGACUCGGAGAGGGAGCAUGGCCGGCCCGCCGGGCCCCUGCUGGCUCGGCCUGUGCCUGGUGCUCAUGGCGGCGGUCGCCUCCUUGUGCCAGGGCUGCCCGCCCCGCUGCGACUGCGUGCCGCAGCUGAAGUCGGUGGCGUGCCACCGCAAGCGCCUGAGCGCCAUCCCCGAGGGCAUCCCCACGGAGACGCGGCUGCUGGACCUCAGCCGGAACCGCCUGCGCUGCGUGGCGUCGGGGGACCUGGCGCCGUACCCUCGGCUGGAGGAGGUGGACCUGAGCGAGAACAUCAUCUCCGUGCUGGAGCCCGGCGCCUUCGCCAGCCUCCUGAGCCUGCGCGUCCUCCGCCUCCGCAGCAACCAGCUGAAGCUCGUCCCCAUGGGCGCCUUCUCGCGGCUCUCCAACCUCACCACGCUGGACCUGAGCGAGAACAAGAUCGUCAUCCUGCUGGACUACACCUUCCAGGACCUGCGCAACCUGCGCCACCUGGAGGUGGGAGACAACGACCUGGUCUACAUCUCCCACAAGGCGUUCAGUGGGCUGCUGGGUCUGGAGGAGCUGGCCAUCGAGAGGUGCAACCUGACGGCCAUCUCGGGCCAGUCGCUGUCCUACCUGCGCAACCUGGUCACACUGCGCCUCCGCCACCUGAGCAUCCCCUCGCUGGAGGACCAGAACUUCCGCAAGCUGGCGGGGCUGCGGGGGCUGGAGAUUGACAACUGGCCCCUGCUGGAGUACAUCUCCCCCCUCAGCUUCCAGGGGCUCAACCUCUCCUGGCUCUCCAUCACCAACACCAACAUCACCUCCGUCCCCUCCGCCUCCUUCCGCAACCUGGCCCACCUCACCUGCCUCAACCUGUCCUACAACCCCAUCAGCGUGCUGGAGCCCUGGGCUUUCCGGGACCUGGUGCGCCUGAAGGAGCUGCACCUGGUCAGCACCAGCCUGGUGUCGGUGGAGCCCCACGCGCUGGGCGGGCUGCGGCAGAUCCGGGUCCUCAACCUGUCCAACAACUACCUGGUCACCCUGGAGGAGAGCUCCUUCCACUCGGUCAACAGCCUGGAGACGCUGCGGGUGGACAACAACCCGCUGUCCUGCGACUGCCGUCUGCUGUGGAUCCUGCAACGCCGCAAGACCCUCAACUUCGACGGCAGGACGCCGGUGUGCGCCGGGCCCCCCGAGGUGCAGGGCAACACGCUCAGCACCUUCUCGGACUCGGCGCUCUUCGACUACUUCACCUGCCAGAAGCCCAAGAUCCGCGACCGCAAGCUGCAGCACGUGACGGCGCGCGAGGGCCAGGUCGUGUCCUUCCUGUGCCGGGCCGAAGGCGAGCCCGUGCCUGCCAUCAUGUGGAUCUCCCCCCAGCGCCGCAAGAUAACCACGAAGAGCGGCGGCCGGGUCACGGUGCUGCCGGGGGGCACCCUGGAGAUCCGCUACGCGCAGGUGCAGGACAGCGGCACCUACAUCUGCAUCGCCAGCAACGCCGGCGGCAACGACACCUACUUCGCCACGCUCACCGUGAAGGGGCAGCCGCUGGACGCUGCGCUCUUCGCCAACCGGACCCUCUACGCGGGCGACUUCAACGAGACCAGCCUGAACGACACCCGCGUCUUCCUCAAGUUCACCCUGGACCUGAAGACCAUCCUGGUGUCCACGGCCAUGGGCUGCAUCACCUUCCUGGGCGUGGUCCUGUUCUGCUUCCUGCUGCUGUUCGUGUGGAGCCGCGGGCGGGGCCAGCACAAGAACAACUUCUCGGUGGAGUACUCCUUCCGCAAGGUGGACGGCCCCACCACCAGCGGCGGCCAGGGCGGGGCGCGCAAGUUCAACAUGAAGAUGAUAUGAAACCACGCAGCCAGGGGUUCCCCGGGGGAGGCAUGAGCACGCCCCAACUCGCGCACUCACACACACACGCGCGCGCGCGCAGGCUCACGCACAUGCACGCAUGGUGCACUUGCAACAGAAAUGAUUGAAAAAAAAAAACCUGACAAGAUGCAUGAAAAGCACCACUGUCCCUUACUGGCUUUUGUUAAAAAAACCAACACAUUUCAUGAUAGCGAGUCGAUAAUCAAGAAUCCUAUUUUUACAAGCGAUGAAGUUAGUCCCAGUUAGCCAGACCCAUCAGUAUGCUGCAUUAGCACACUAUGAAAUUGAACGUUAGUUCUCCAAAAAAGAGGCCAUCUAAAAGUGUUUGAUUGGAACAAGGUAUGAACACUAGCAGAGCUCUGAUUCAGAAAAACAUUUCGCCAGCACAUUGCGAUUACUCAUCGCUUCCCUCGCUCGUUAACUUCGUUACCUGGAUUCUGACGGAUUAGGGUUCUGAAGAGCUCCUGAAUUCUAGUCACGCAACUUUGUUUAAUUAUAACUUUGAAAGAGCUACAGUUCCCUCUGGGCUGCCAUUAUUUAAUCACAGCAUAUUUCGAAGUAGGCGUUUUUGGGGGAACGGAAAAAAAAACAAGACUCUAAGAGACAGUGAUGCUUCGUAAUGUUUCCCGAGUUCAAACACCUUGUUGGCUGAUCUCUGCAGUGGGAUAGGAAAGUCUAUAUCAGUCGCUGUAUUUGGGUAAUAAUUAAAAAUACAAGCCUUACAGCCAAA